AUGCAACCUACGAUGUGAUGUGCAAUAUCCGUGGGUGGACAUAUAUUAUUAGCAAACCAGUCGCAAACUUGCCAUAUUGUGCCGCAUUUGAAAGUAAUCACUUCUUAAUAUUUGCAAUUGCUUGGCAAUCAGUACGAGUUUAGCUGGAUUUAUGCAGCAUAUUAUAAAAUUGACGAAGUAGUAGGAGAAUGGAUGGUUCUGACUUCGAUUUCUUGUAAGCGAAAAUUGUGAAUCCAAAGUAGAUAAUUAGCUGCAGCUUGUUGUUGGCGAGAUCUGAAGGAAGCUGUAUGACAUCACUGCAGUUAUAACUGACACAGCUGACACUGCCCUGAGAGCUGACAUCUCUAAUCACGAGAACUACAGGAGCAUAAUCGGGUCAGGAUACGCGUGGAGUAAACAGACGAAUUAUAUAUUCUUGUAUUUCAUUCUGGAGUUGAAUUGAACACAACAAAUAUGAAUUCACAGAACAGUGAGGGGGCAACGAAAGAUGCCGAAGUGCCAGAAGGAGACACGAAUAAUCAACCAGAGGUCAACCAAAGUCCUCCACCACCCGAGAUGCGAUGUAUAACUCUUCUUGGAUUUGGGGGCAUCAAAAACACCAAAGUGCAAAAAAAGCCAGAACUAAAGGCUGGCGAUGGCGAGAUUCUCAUCCGUGUGAAAGCAUGUGGUUUGAACUUCGUCGACUUGAUGAUAAGACAGGGGGUAACAGAAGGCCCUCCCAAGACUCCCCUCGUCAUGGGCUUCGAGUGCAGCGGUGACGUUGAAGCGCUUGGGGAAAACGUCACGGACUUUGUUAUUGGAGACAGGGUUAUAGCGUUCUGCGAUUAUAACGCGUGGGCAGAAACCGUAUCAGUACCAGCAAAACAUGUCUACAAGAUGCCUACGGGCAUGAGCUUUCAAGACGGAGCGGCUCUUCCGAUGAAUUAUCUAACUGCCUAUAUCAUAUUGUUUGAGCUUGGGGGACUGAGAAAGGGGCAGUCGCUCCUUGUGCAUUCCGUAGGGGGAGGUGUGGGUCAUGCAGUGUGCCAGUUGGCAAAGACGGUAGAAGAUGUACAAGUGUUUGGUACCGCCUCGUACAACAAGCAUGACGCCAUAAAGAACAAUGUUUCUUACCUAUACGACCAUGUAGUUGAUUACGUGCAGGAAGUGAAAAAAGUAUCCCCCGAAGGAGUAGAUUUGGUGCUAGACUGUCUCUGUGGAGACGAUGUUAACAAAGGGAUAACAUUAGUCAAACCUAUGGGCAGAUAUAUUCUUUAUGGAACCUCUAACAUUGUUACCGGGGAAACAAGAAGUUUCUUUAGCCUGGCAAAAUCCUGGUGGCAGGUGGACAAGAUAAGCCCAAUGAAGUUAUUCGAGGAGAAUAAAACGAUUACAGGAUUCCAUCUUCGCACUCUAUUGUUCAAGCAGGACAAGCAUGAGUAUGUCAGGGGACUGAUGGACACACUGUUCAAGCUCUACAACACAGGCAAGAUCAGACCACAGAUUGAUUCAGCGUAUGCGUUUGAAGAUAUUGGUGAAGCAAUGCAGAAGAUGCAUGAUAGGAAAAAUAUCGGCAAGAUUAUCUUAGACCCCGGACUCCAAUCCAAAGAUGCCCAGUCUGCAAGUGAGACAACGGCAAGCUCCGACAGCACGGAAAAGGAAGCAGAAAAGUAACAAUGCAAAACGUACUCUUAUCAUUCCAAUCAAGGGCGAACGUAAUACCCGGAA